GCCCGACUCGCCCCCAGCGCUGUGCGGCUGCUGAGAGCAUCCCUUGCUCUGUAAAGUGGAUGUCAGGUGGAUCUAUGGUUCUGAAGGAACAAAGACUCAGCGAAGAAACCGCCGAGGAAGUUUGAGACGCGGGAGGAUGCAGGCUGCGUGCUGGUACGUGCUUCUCCUCCUGCAGCCCACUGUCUACUUGGUCGCAUGUGCCAAUUUAACAAACGGUGGAAAGUCCGAACUGCUCCAGUCAGGAAGCAGCAAAUCCACACUGAAGCACAUAUGGACAGAAAGCAGCAAAGACCUGUCUAUCAGCCGCCUCCUGUCACAGGCUUUCCGUGGCAAAGAAAAUGAUACCGAUUUGGACCUGCGAUACGACACCCCAGAACCUUAUUCUGAGCAAGACCUCUGGGACUGGCUGAGGAACUCCACAGACCUCCAUGAGCCUCGGCCCAGGGCCAAGAGAAGGCCCAUUGUUAAGACGGGCAAGUUCAAGAAAAUGUUUGGCUGGGGUGAUUUUCAUUCCAACAUCAAAACAGUGAAGCUUAACCUGUUGAUAACCGGGAAGAUCGUAGAUCAUGGCAAUGGGACAUUUAGUGUCUAUUUCAGGCAUAAUUCCACUGGUCAAGGGAAUGUGUCGGUCAGCUUGGUGCCCCCGACGAAAAUAGUGGAAUUCGACUUGGCACAACAAACCGUGAUUGAUGCCAAAGAUUCCAAGUCCUUCAACUGUCGCAUUGAGUAUGAAAAGGUAGACAAGGCUACCAAGAACACGCUCUGCAACUAUGACCCUUCCAAAACCUGUUACCAGGAACAGACCCAGAGUCACGUGUCCUGGCUCUGCUCCAAGCCCUUCAAGGUGAUCUGUAUUUACAUUUCCUUUUAUAGCACCGAUUACAAACUCGUUCAGAAAGUGUGCCCGGACUACAACUACCACAGCGACACACCUUACUUCCCCUCGGGAUGAGCACGGACACGGGGGUGAGACUGAAGCCGGAGCGAUCGCAGGUCAUUUGACAGGGCUGUUACCUCACAGAAGAAGAUCACAUCUGUUGCCUGGAAUGUGUCUACACUGCUGCUCUCGUCAGCGGGCUGCAAAUCCGCUAGUGGAAAACAACCCGAUGUCAUUUCUGCCCAGUUAGCUUCAUCCCUCAGCCUAGCUGUAAAUCACCCUAGAGUUGAAAGCCCCACUUGAAGACGUGUUCUCUCACACAGACGCACACAGUCAUACCCAUUUCAGCUUGCAUCUAUCAUGAUUCCUGUUGAGAGGGCUUUCAUUGUCUGACUCAUAAUGAUUCAGGAUAAACUAUCAUCAAGCAAAAGGAUUAACUAGACAGAGAAUGCUUUCUAACACUUGCUGUUAUGGAAAUCUCUUUUACAGUCAUGAGUACAUGCCAAUCACUGAUCCCCUCUCAUGCAUUCCCACCGCUUGGAGUAGCCGUCUUGGUAAAUACUACUGUAGGAGUAUAUGCUUGUUAAAAUGGAAAAAAAAAUGUGUCUUUAGAUCUCUGUAUUCUUUAUUUUAUGAACACAACAAAGUAUAGUAACUUCUUUCCAGCAUACAGUAGUCACAUUCAAGGGAAUACAAGAUGGCUCUUUUUUUCUAUGGAGGGAGCCCUUUCUCAGUAAAGACGAGCAAACAUUUGGAAUUUACAUGUGGGCAGACAUUGGGAUUACAGCGUUCAUUACCAAUCAUUGGACUUUUGUGAAGCUGGGACCAGCUGAGGCGGCAUAAGACAAGUUCUGAUCAUUGUGUAAGAAUGAAAAUACCUGGCAGACACCAUGUAAGUUAGAAGUGUCUGUCUUAUCUUUACUACUCAUAUUGUAACAAAUUCAAUAUCCUAGUCUUCAUUUGUAUGAAUGGUUUGUAUUGUAUAUAGUUGAACCAAGUGUUAUUUGAGCUGCUUAUUAAUAUUAACUUGUACUUGUCUAUCUGCUUGUUAUUGGUUAAAAAAGAAAACAAGGACAUGAGGAAUCCAUUUUAUCAAUGUAGCUGUGAACUCCAUUGAAAAGACAAACUUAAUGUACAAAGCAUUUAUUCAGCUCAAGUAUUGUUGAAAGCUAUACAUAUAAUACAUUACAGUCUGUCUGUAUUUAGAUAUUUUAUUUCUGGAUCAACAUGAAAUGUACAUAAAAAUAAAGCACUUAAAGUUGAAUUUCAA